CAAAAGUUCAGGAGUUUGCAACUUUCAAUUCUUUUGGUAUGAUAAUGGCGAAAUUAGGUUCGUCUUCGCAUGCCAUUUUGGCCAUUUUUUUAGUUGGCCUUCUUGGUAUGGAGGCAGCAGUACUAAUGGUUUCUUCAACAUGUGAUUACGGCAUUGCUUUGGACAAAACAUUGCAAUUUUUCGAAGCACAAAGAUCAGGAAAGUUACCUCCCAAUCGACGUGUAAAUUGGCGGUUUGACUCGGGACUUAAAGAUGGUUUUCUCCAAGGAGUAAAUUUGGUAGGAGGUUACUAUGAUGCGGGAGAUCAUGUGAAAUUUGGUCUACCAAUGGCAUUUGCUGUGACAAUGAUGUCAUGGGGUGCUAUUGAGUUCAGAACACAGAUUACCAAUCUCAAUGAAAUGGGGAACACAUUGGCAGCUAUCAAAUGGGGAACUGAUUAUUUCAUGAAAGCUCAUACACAGCCUAAUGUCCUUUGGGGACAGGUUGGGGAUGGAGUUUCAGACCAUUAUUGUUGGGAGAGAGCAGAAGACAUGACAACUCCAAGGACAGGUUACAGGCUUGAUUCUGAGCAUCCUGGUUCAGAUCUUGCUGCUGAAACUGCUGCUGCCUUAGCUGCUGCUUCAUUGGCUUUCAAGCCUUAUAACUCUUCUUACUCCAAUCUGCUUUUAAUCCACGCAAAACAGCUCUUCACAUUUGCUGAUUCGUUUAGAGGAAUAUAUCACGAUUCCAUACCCUGUGCAAAGCAAUUUUACACAUCAUCUGGUUAUUUUGAUGAACUUCUUUGGGCGGCAGCAUGGCUGUAUAGAGCAACUGAUAAUGAGUACUACCUGAAAUAUGUUGUGAACAAUGCAGUUUCAAUGGGUGGAACUGGUUGGGCUGUCAAAGAAUUUUCAUGGGACAACAAGUAUGCUGGCGUCCAAAUUCUUCUCUCAAAGGUGUUAUUUGAAGGCCGUGGUGGAGCAUAUACUGCAACUCUAAAACAGUAUCAGGCAAAAGCAGAUUUCUUCGCUUGUGCUAAUAUCCAGAAAAAUGAUGGGUACAACGUGCAAUUAACUCCUGGUGGGCUUAUCUACGUCCGAGAAUGGAACAAUCUGCAAUACGCAGCUUCUGCAUCAUUUCUCCUGGCAGUUUAUUCUGACUAUCUUUCUGCGGCCCAUUUACAGCUCCACUGUCCAGAAGCCCAAGUUCAACCUCAGGCCCUUCUCGAUUUUGCUAAAUCACAGGCUGAUUACAUCCUGGGAAAAAAUCCCAGGUCCCUGAGCUACGUUGUUGGGUUUGGGCAGAAUUAUCCCACCCACAUUCAUCAUCGUGGAGCUUCAAUUGCUCCGGUUUCGGUUCUGAAAGCUGCUGUUGGAUGUGUUGAAGGAUUUGAAACUUGGUACCGAAACGCUCGUGGUAAUCCAAACAUUAUUCAUGGUGCUCUUGUUGGAGGCCCAAAUGUUUACGAUGGGUUUAACGAUGAUCGGUCCAAUUAUGAACAAACUGAGCCCACGAUUUCUGGCACUGCUCCUCUAGUUGGGCUCUUUGCCAGGUUGCAAUCCUUUUGUGGAAAUGGAAAUUUAGGUCGUUCCUUGCCUCCAAGGACAAUAUCACCUAACAACAAUACACGUGGUUUAGCUCAUUUGCCAGCACGACCGAACUUCUCUAACAAAACACCAGGUUAUCAUAAUGACAAAAUUAUGAUUUUUAUUAUCUAACUUUUUACUUUUAUCCCCAUCAAAUGAAACUGAAAGUUCCUUUUCCAAUUCAAUUUUUGAUGUAGAUGUUCCAGUCAGCUUCUUGCAUUUAGUAACAAGUUCAUGGACAUCUGGAGGAAAGACAUUCUUCAGGCACAAGGUGGUGAUCAAGAAUGUUUCGCCGAAGCCCAUUACGGAUUUGAAGUUGAGAGUUGAUGGGCUAACUGGACCCAUAUGGGGAUUGGGGCUUACUGAACAACAGAACACCUAUCAGCUUCCUCCAUGGUUGAAGGUUUUGAAACCUGGUGGAGAUUUCACUUGUGUAUAUGUCCAAGGUGGAGUCCAAGCCAAGAUCACAGUUCUAAGCUAUCAAUAAUACAAAUCCUAAAGUGCCCUUUCGUUGGGGUGAUUUCACCUUGAUUUUGCUCAUCAUCAACCUUCGUCAAUAUACCAAUACUUUUUUGUUUUUCACUUUUUUUGUUUCUGGUUUUGGUUUGG